AUGAUUGAUGCUGGAUGCAUGUCAUUGAAUAUACCCAAAGAUGUUAUGGUGGUUGUUGGAGGCAUUGUUUGUUUCAUGCUGUCCAUCUAUCAGGUUUUCCUUCAAACUAAAGAACUGAGUGGUGAAGAUGAUAUUGGUGGCGACGGCGAUGGUGUUGGUGGUGGGGAUGAUGAUAUUGGUGGUGAUGGUGUUGGUGGGGAUCAUGAUGAUGUUAUUGGUGGCGAUGGUGUUGGUGGUGGGGAUGAUGAUGAUAUUGGUAGGGAUGAUGAUGAUGUCGAUGGUGUUGGGGAUGAUGAUGAUAUUGGUGGCGAUGGUGUUGGUGGGGAUGAUGAUGUUGGUGGUCGCAAUGGUGUUGGUGGGGCUGAUGAUGAUGUCGAUGUUGGUAUUGGUGGGGAUGAUGAUAUUGGUGGCGAUGGUGUUGGUGGGGAUGAUGAUGAUGUUAUUGGUGGCGAUGGUGUUGGUGGGGCUGAUGAUGAUGUCGAUGUUGGUAUUGGUGGUGAUGGUGUUGGUGGUGGGGAUGAUGAUGAUAUUGGUAGGGAUGAUGAUGUCGAUGUUGGUAUUGGUGGCGAUGGUGUUGGUGGGGCUGAUGUUAUUGGUGGCGAUGGUGUUGGUGGAUGUUGUGGGGAUGAUGCUGCGUAA